AUGGUAACAAUUGGGUCGGGCAGUAAAUGUUUUGACGUCAUAGAGAUUUUGGGGAAAGGCACAUUUGGGGAAGUGGUGAAGAGCUGGCGGAGGAGCACGGGGGAGAUGGUGGCCAUCAAAAUUCUGAAGAAUGAUGCCUAUCGGCGCAGGAUCAUUAAAAAUGAGCUGAAGCUGCUGCAGACCAUGGCGGGGGUGGACUCGGAGGAGUCCCACAUUAUCCAGUUCCACGAGUUCUUCCAUGAUGAGAUGAAGUUCUACUUGGUCUUUGAGCUCUUGGAGCAAAAUCUAUUUGACUUCCAGAAGGAGAACAAUUUCUCUCCUCUGCCAGUCAAGCACAUCCGGACAGUGACCACCCAGGUGCUCAAAGCCCUGGCCAAGCUGAAGGAGCUUUCCAUCAUCCACACGGAUCUGAAACCUGAGAACAUAAUGCUGGUUGACCAAAUGAGGUACCCUUUCCGAGUCAAAGUGAUUGAUUUUGGGUCAGCCAGCAUCUUCAACGAGGUGCGCUAUGUCAAGGAGCCAUACAUCCAAUCCCGUUUCUACCGGGCACCGGAGAUCUUGCUGGGCCUACCUUUCUGUGAGAAGGUGGACAUGUGGUCUCUGGGCUGCAUUAUGGCAGAGCUGCACUUAGGCUGGCCCCUUUACCCUGGGAACAAUGAGAAUGACCAGAUCAGGUACAUCUGCGAGACCCAAGGGAUGCCCAAGCACAGCUUGCUCAAUGUAGCCAGAAAAGCUCACCACUUCUUCAAGAGAAACCAGCAUGCUGAACUGGUAACCCAGUGGCAGCUGAAAUCCUCGUCCGAGUACUUGGCAGAGACCAAGGUGAAAUCUGUGGAGAGGAGGAAGUAUGUUCUCAAGUCCCUGGAACAGAUGGAGUCGGUGAACAUCCACAAGAUGAUCUACCCAGACAAUGAAGCCCUGGCUGAGUACUUUGACCUGAGAAGCAUGGUGGAGUUGAUCAAGAGGAUGCUGACCUGGGACUCGCAUGAGAGGAUCACGCCAAGUGCAGCCCUGAAGCACCCUUUUAUCUCCAUGCAGCUGCUUAGACUGAGCUACGAACUCACCCAGUACUACCAGCUCUGCCUGCGGGGCUUCCAGGAGUCCAUCAAACGGGAGAGCAAGGACAAGCAGGAAGUGGCUUUUUGCAGCGCCAUGGAAGAGGACACCUUCUAUCCGGCACAGGAGUAUUUCAAGGAGGAGGAGCGUGUGCACGGCGUCUCCGGCCUCUCCAGCGUCCAAAGGACCAUCGACCAGAUGGACGAUCUGAGCAUUGCUGAGCCAGGCAGGGAGGCUGCCAUGAACUUGUUAGGAGAAGAUGCCAGAAUGGGAGCAUACGAGUCCUCCACUCCUGCUGAAGUGGCCAGCAUGACCCUAGGCCACAUGGGAGUGCACAAAGCCACUUACCAGAACCCCGGGCUAAACCACGAGCAGCAUCAAGAGCCAAUCCAGGCCUAUUACGGGAGCCGGUACGGCAGCUCCAAACACCGCAAGCACCCUCGUCACACCAAGUCCGACACUUUUGGGAACUUGAUCCUACUGGGACAGCAGUCUCCUGGGGAUACCGUCAGCUGGGAAAAUGAAAGCAAUGCUGGCAUCUCCCCUGUUGCCUCCUCCCUCCCAGAGCCCAGCACCUUGGAUGAUCAGAGACAUCCACUUUCUCCCACCACUAAGAGAGCCCAGCUGGAGCUGCCCGACCCCGAGCCGCAGCUGCCCAGCGCCAGCACCUGGCUGGGCGGCGAUGACUGGCUGAUUGAGAGGAGCGGGGAGAGGGCCCCAAUCAAGAAUGCGCUCCACCUCACGCCGAACAGGCUCCAGCCCUACCUGCAGCACAUCGCGAGCCACCACUGAGCCCAGGGCAGCCCGCAGGAGGGACAAGCCAGGAGGAGACACCCACACACACCCCUUUGCAGAGUCCUUUGUAGCCAUUAAAUUAUAGACUGUUCCCACCUCAAUGCCGUUUACUCGUGAAACCCAAAGCUACCUCCCUAUUAUUGACAAGUGUCAAACCCGGCUUGUCCAGCGGCCAGUAGACCAUGAUGCCAUCCCAGGGCAGGAAGUCCAUCUAAGGGAAGGCCAAGGCCACGACUGCACAGGGAUAGCAGCCAGCUGGGGGCAUGUGGGCGUCACC